GAGAGCGAUUGGAUUUUAUUCUUUCAUAUUUUAUAAAUAAAAUCUUUAUAAACAAAAUAUAAAAAAAAUCUCGUUAAAUUUGCAAUAAUCACUCGUUACUCCAAUUUUAAUGCAAAUUCAAUCCUUUUUCCAAUAUACUCUUUCUCAUUUCUUUCCUCCUUCCUGAAUCGAACUGAAACUUUCAUGUCGGUUCCAAACCCUAAAUUCCAAUACUCAUCAUUCACCUAAAAUUCCUGAAUAGAACAAUUUUGGAAGCCAUUGCCCCAAAUUCAUCUGUUCAUUUCAUCAUUACACACACACAUUCACCACAAUCAUCGCUUUCUAACCCUAGCUACCUCCAAAUUUGGGGAUUUCGUUAAUUAAACGUGUAAUCAGGUGUAAUCAAAGGUGUUUUGUAUGCAUCGAUUGAUGGAAACAACAGGUGUUAGCGUUGAUCCGGCGAAUUCCGAUAAUCAUGUGAAUAAUAAUAAUAAUCAAAAUUCAUCGAACGUUUCAUCUCCGAGAACGACGUCGUAUACACCGUUUCCGGUAAUCAGGUUUCUACAAGCACCUGUAACUACUUUAAUUGAAUAUUCAGGUGUUUUAAGACCUAGGUCAAACAACGAUGAUCAGGAAUCAGAGAGUUUGAUUUCUAAUAAUCGGAUUCGUGGCGAUCGUAGCUCUAGUGAUAACAGUAGUGAUGGUGAUAAUGUUAACGACGAGGUUUCGAUUCGGAUAUCGAGUGGUGGAGGUCAAGAAGAGGAGCGGAGUGAACCGGUUUCGGUGAACGGUGGAGAUGGUGGAGGAGGAGGAGAUAGGGAAGUUGCUGAUUCUGGUGAUGUAAGUGGUGGCAAUGGUGGUGGUAGUAAUAAUAAUGUUGAUUCGGCUUAUCAACAACGGUAUGAUUUGCAGCAAGUUUCGCGGUGGAUUGAACAAAUUCUUCCGUUUUCGUUGCUGUUGUUGGCCGUUUUCAUUCGCCAGCACUUACAAGGUAUCUUUGUUACUAUUUAUAUCGCUACAUUCAUGUAUAAAUCAAAUGAUAUUCUACGGAAGCAGACAGCGUUAAAGGGGGAGAGAAAGUUAUCUGUUCUUGCUGGAUAUUGUGUACUUUUUAUGCUUCAAGUGAUUGGGGUUUACUGGUGGUACCAAAACGAUGAUAUUUGCAAUCCAUUGUUCAUGAUUCCACCAAAAGCUAUUCCGCCGUUUUGGAAUGCUGUAUUCACCAUUAUUGUAAAUGAUACGAUGGUUCGCCAGGCUGCAAUGGCUUUUAAGUUGGUAUUGCUUAUGUACUAUAAAAAUGGCAGGGGCCAUAGUUUUCGUAGGCAGGGUCAAAUCUUGACUCUGGUUGAGUACACACUUCUAUUAUACCGUGCGUUUUUACCUGCCCCUGUUUGGUACCGGUUCUUUUUGAACAAAGAGUACGGGAGCCUGUUUUCAUCUUUGACGACAGGGUUGUAUUUAACCUUAAAGCUUACAUCAGCUGUUGAGAAGAUUGGAUCCUUCUAUGCUGCAUUAAAAGCACUGUCAAAAAAAGAGGUCAAUUACGGAUCACAUGCAACAGCAGAACAGGUGAGCGAGGCAGGAGAUGUGUGUGCUAUUUGCCAGGAAAAGAUGCAGGCUCCUAUUUUGUUGCGUUGUAAACAUAUCUUCUGCGAAGACUGUGUUUCGGAAUGGUUUGAAAGAGAGAGAACUUGCCCAUUAUGUAGAGCUUUGGUGAGACCAGCAGAUAUACGGUCAUUUGGGGACGGGUCAACGAGUUUGUUCUUCCAGUUGUUCUAGAAGUUUCCAUCUGGGUAUGCGAACUGUGUGCUUUCUUCAUUGAGUUUGAUCUUCAAUUACCCAGAGUUAUCGCUGCAUUACCUUUUUGGCGUAUUUCCCCCCUCAAACUGUACAGUAGAGCUUUACUUGUGGCUCUAAUAUUACCAGUAAUAUAUUGAUUGAUACACACAAUAUACAUACAACAGUCUAUAAUGAUAAAAAAAACAUGAUUGUUAUCUUGAUUGAGCUCAAACUGUUGAAAUAAUGGUUAAGACCUGCAAGUAUGAUGGUCCCUUAGCAAAAUGAACUACCUUUAUGUAAAAACCAAGUCUUAAAUACACUCACAAUGUUUGAAGCUUUGAGAAACAAAGUGAUU